AUGCAAAAAGUCGAGAGCCUCGUUGAUCGAGCGCGGCAUCUAUCGCUCCAUUCAACACCAGAGACACCUCUAGACACAUUCCACUCGACAGUGGAUAAGCAUCUGCAGAAGAUCUACGAGUCGCUCUCCACGCAAAAAAUCGCAAAGUCUGACUUUUUCAACCAUAUCCAGCGGGAUGAGAGCUCUUCUGAGGGUCAGCUUGACCCGUUAAGCUCGCUGGAUGCCUUUCGCGCGUACAUGAAAGAUCCUGCCUCUCGGGCACUGAGCGAACCAAAGGAAAUGGAUCUUUCAGCACCUAUCUCGGAUUAUUACGUUUCCUCGAGUCAUAAUACUUAUUUGACGGGAAAUCAGCUGUAUAGUGAUGCUGCGGCGAGUGCGUAUACGUCGGUACUUCUACAUGGUUGUCGAUCUGUUGAGAUUGAUGUCUGGGAUGGUGAAUCCGAGGAUGAGGAUUCGAAUGGGGAGACUGAUAAUAGCGAAUCCUCAGAAAAUGAGGAGAAGAAAUCGACUUUGAAAUCCAGACUGAAGGCGACUAUCAAGUCUAAGAUUGGCAGUGAAGAGAAGGCCGCCAAGGAGCUUUUGCACCGGAAGAGCUCCAAGCCCGCAGAUGUCAGCGCCAGCGGCGAACAGACUGUCGUGCCUGUGCCGGUGGAGCCUCGCGUUUUGCACGGCCAUACCCUCACCAAGGGAACAUCCUUCCGCGAGAUUUGUUAUGCGAUCCGUGAUGCUGCAUUUGUGAACAGUGAUCUACCUGUGAUCAUUAGUUUCGAGGUCCAUGCGUGCUUGGAGCAGCAGCAGAUGAUGGUAGAUAUUGUCAAUGAGGCGUGGAAGGGUCUUCUGGUCGAGAUUUCGCCGGACGUGGAACCUGCUAAGUUGCCUACUCUGGCGGAAUUGAAGCGGAAGAUCUUGAUUAAGACCAAGUCCACACCUCUGCAACAAGCUGAUCUGAAAGCCGAGCUAGAAGAGGCGUCUGAACCUUCAGAUGAGACCAGUGAUCAGUCUGUGGACGCGCAGCAAAAAUCUGAAAAGCCCGUGAAGCCCUCGAAGACCCUAGAAGCUCUAGCAAAGUUAGCCGUAUAUACGCGGGCAUAUCACUUCAGCCGCUUUGACCAGCCAGAGGCGAAAGUCCCCCACGUCUUCUCUCUUUCCGAGAAAGCAGCCCGCGAAGCACACACAAACUACCGCGAUGCCCUGUUCGAACAUAACCGUUGCUCACUAAUGCGAAUCUACCCCUACGCUCUCCGCGUCACAUCCUCAAACCUGGAUCCAGCUUUCCAUUGGCGUCGCGGCGCCCAGCUAGUUGCCUUAAACUGGCAGAGCCUUGACAAGGGCAUGAUGCUCAACUACGGCAUGUUCGCCGGAACGCAAGGUUGGGCUUUAAAGCCACCUGGGUACCGCAGCUCCGAGGGUCCCACAGACUCGAUUAGGCGAACAACGCUCGAAUUGAAAGUCGAGGUCUUUGCAGGCCAGGACCUUGCGCUCCCCCUGAAUCACUCCGAAAAGGGAUUCUGCCCUUACGUCGUUUGCCAACUGCAUGUCGAGGAGCCCGAGGGUCCUGCCGCCGCGGAUCGGGACGAUGCGAGCGAUGACACAGAUAAGAGUAGUUAUCGGCGUCAUACGAAAUCGGCGUCGGGCAGGAACCCAGACUUUGAGACGCAGAGUUUGGUGUUUCCCACCGUAGUGGGUAUUGUCGAGGAACUCAGUUUUGUCCGGUUCAAGAUCAAGGACGACGAGUUUGUACGGGACUCCUUGGCUGCGUGGACAUGUAUCCGUCUCGACCAGCUGCGAGAGGGAUAUCGAUUUAUCCACCUCCAAGAUAGCACCGGGGGAAAGGCAGGGGGUGUCCUAUUGGUGCGGAUCACCAAGAAUAUUUCCUAG